CUCGAUUCUGCCCACCAUGUCGACCUCUACGGCUGCAGCAAAGAAGCCACAGCAGUCUAAGCUGCCUCAGCUCAGUUCGCAGGAGAUCCAGCAGAACUACACGCGAUUCCAGAGUGACUUACAAACGCUCGCCAACAAGAUUGGCGAGCUUGAACAAGAAGCUGAGGAACACACGCUUGUUCUUUCGACCCUCAAUGAAGCUUUGGAAGCAGAGCCGGAUCGCAAGUGUUUCCGCCUAGUCGGCGGUGUCCUUGUGGAGCGAACAGUCAAAGAUGUUGUACCUGCACUGCAGACUAACCGUAGCGGUAUUCAGAAAGUAGUCUCGAACCUCGCGGAACAGUACAAAACGACGGAGGCAGAAUUUGAAGCAUUCAAGCGCGACUAUCAUAUUCGACCAGCAGCAGUUGCAUGAAAGCACGUGGUUCGCGCAUCUCGCGGUGUUCCUUCUCCAUAUCAAGUGCCACCCAAUGUUUACCAUCAUC